ACUUUGAUGAAUUAGGAGUCACGCCCAGCGUAUUUGGGAACAUCAGAGCGUCAACCAAAGAAUGAGUGAUUCUCAAUACUUGGAUGUUAAGCUGAAACUUCGUGACACCGAAUCUGUUGUAUUGACGCCUGGCUACUUGAGUGGGUGCAUUCUCAACUCCCUGGAAAGUUUGUUUGGAGAAAUUGGCGGCAAGACAUCGUUGGAUAUUGAGAAAUUCAGUGCGGCAGAUAGACGAUUUAUCUUGCGAGUGCCCCAAGAGUUCGUUGAGCGCGCGCGUAUCGCUAUAACUUUGAUAGGCCACUACCAGGAGGUGCCUUGUCACUUUCAGGUGCUAGACACAUCAAAAAAGCAGCUGCACUUUGACGACAAUAUCGAACUUUAGGUGAAAGCAAGGAACUUUCGGCAUCAGGAUGUCAUUUUCAUUUUGCAAACAGUUCGGCAAGGACAAGGUUAUCUUCGUUACCAAG